GCCAUUUCCUUGGUCACUGUUUUGGAAGUGGGAGGGGAGAGUGGAGGGGCAAGGUUCUCCACAUGUUGAAAGUGGAGCAAACUAAGGAGAAGAUCACCAGGGCAGAAUCCCAGUCCUGGCAGCCCGGGCCUCAGAUCAUGUGUCGGGGGAGGAGAGCUAGCUCUCUGACGUCACCAAGAGGGUGGGGCUCUCCGUACUCCAAGUCUCCAGAGCCAGAGAGCAAGCCUGGGUCUUGCAGUAGAGAAACUGGGCGAAGGGGAGAAGAGGAGCGAUCAGGUAAGGAGGAAACAUGAAGUUCUGGGGCUUAAAGUUCUGGCAAUAGACAGUGGGGGAUCAGUUCCCACUUUCCACCAGGGAGAAACUGACAUUAAUCCUCCAUCCAUCCCCAUAAGCAGUCAAAGAAUCCUGGGCUAUCUGUCCAUAGUCCCUGAUUCAAUUGUAAUUAAUACACUUAAUAUGUCAUUAGUUGAUAUCUGUCUUUAAGCUUUGAGAGGGCAAGGGCUGUGUCUGUCUCCUUCCCUUCUCUUACCUCCAGUAGCUGACGCUGUUCUUUUCACACAGGAGGUAGUCAGCCAACCCUUGUUAAGAGCAUGAGUGAAUGAACCCACACACUAAAGUAGGGUCCCACCCAAGAGGCUUAUGUACCAAGGAUCAUAUCAGUGUUUCUCAGCUCCCCAAAAUACAUCCUAAAUUGAUUUUACCUUUUCCUCAAACUGAACCCCUCUGUGUUUCUCCUAACCACUUUCUCUCCAAUUUGAUCUUACUAUUUCUCUGGCUCUCUCUUUCUCUGUCUUAAUGUUUUUCUGAAUCUGCACAGGAAGCACACAGCUUCAGGUCUGUGGCCAUCAGAAAUGGAAAUAUUGGCCCUUGUGUAAAUUUAAUAAAGGGUCACAAAUUUUUGUGUCUUGUCACCCAUUAACUCUUUGCCUGUGUGCUGUCUCAAACCUGAUUCUUUCUCAUCUUCCUGUGUCCAGCUCAACAGUCCCACCACCAUUCAGGGCCAGCUCCUCCUGUCCCUAGAUCUUCUGUUGGGCCCCGGAAAGUACUUGGAGGAAAAUCACCCAACUAGACCCCCUCCUCUGAUUUCCUGCCGCGCUGGUCUCGCAGCGCUGCUGACCACAUCCUCUCUCACCUUAGUUGUGUACUUCCUCCUCAGACACAUCACCCAGGACUUCUCAGACCCCAAAACCUCUUACUGACCCCCAUUUGGGUCUUCUGCCUUACUGUCUCUUCUCAUGACAGGGUUUCUGUUCUUGUCUUCUGCCCCAAACUGCUCUUAGAACCAUGUCUCUCUGCCUGCAAGCGGUCAGUCCUGUCUUUUUCUGGAUCUCCAUCACCCCAUUUUCCCAUAGGUGAUGUAUUGACAGCAAUGCUAUCCGGCCGGUGGUGGCCGAGCACCUGGGGAAACCUAGGGCUGGGGUCCCGAAGCCCUUCUCGGGGGUCCCAGCUCUGUGCCCUCUAUGCCUUCACUUACACGGGGGCAGAUGGGCGGCAGGUGUCUUUGGCUGAAGGAGACAGGUUCCUACUGCUUCGAAAGACCAACUCAGACUGGUGGUUGGCAAGGCGCCUGGGAGCACCAUCCACCUCUCGCCCCGUCUUUGUCCCAGCUGCCUACAUGAUAGAGGAAUCUAGCCUUUCCCACAGCCCAACGACUGUCACCCCCAGCCGAUCUCUCUGGACUCCUGGGCCAAAGUUAUUUCCUGGCUCCCUGGAGGAGAUGAACCUGUGUCAGGAACCCCCAGGCAGAGCCCAGGCUACAUGGGAGCAGCCUCCUCCCCUUCCCCCUAAAAUGUGUAGAAGUGUCAGUGUUACCAACUUGAGGCCCAGCCUCCUGAAGCCCUUCCAGGAAGGACCAAGUGGAAGAUCCCUUUCCCAGGAAAACUUGCUGACAAAGACCGAUGCCCACAUGGCAAGACCCCAGACCCUCAUGUCAAAGGCCCCUGUGUACUGCAACCUGGUGGACCUUCGCCGCUGUCCCCGGUCCCCACCCUCAAGCCCUGUAUGCCCCCCACUGCAGAGGCUGGACGCCUGGGAACAGCACUUGGACCCCAACUCUGGACGCUGCUUCUAUGUAAAUUCGCUGACCGGCUGUAAAUCCUGGAAGCCCCCACGCCACACUCGAACCCGAGAGACGAACCCCGGCUCCAUGGAGGAGACACAGACCUUGAAUACGGACAAUGGGAUCCUGCAACGUCAGCCAAAGGACGUAGAAUCUGGUCCCAAGACAUCAGAACUUUUCGACUCCCAGGGUUCACCCUACCUCUGCAGACGCACCUCCCAGCUGGACCCCGACAAGCCUUCAUCUUUGCAGUGCCCUCGGCCGCUGCCGACAGUCCUAGAUGACCCCCACGAGGUGGAAAAGUCGGGCCUGCUCAAUAUGACCAAGAUCGCCCAGGGCGGGCGCAAGCUCCGGAAGAACUGGGGCCCCUCUUGGGUGGUAUUAGCGGGUAACAGCCUGGUGUUCUACCGAGAACAGCCGCCGACCGCCCCCUCCACGGCCUGGGGACCAGCGGGUAGCCGGCCCGAGAGCAGCGUGGACCUGCGGGGGGCGGCCCUGGCCCACGGCCGCCACCUGUCCAGCCGCCGCCACGUGCUGCACAUCCGCACGGUCCCGGGCCACGAGUUCCUGCUGCAGUCUGACCAGGAGGCUGAGCUGCGGGCCUGGCAGAGCGCGCUGCGGGCGGUCAUCGAGCGCCUGGAUCGGGAGAACCCCCUGGAGGGGCGUCUGUCCGGCUCGGGACCUGCUGAGCUGGAGGAGCUGAGCCCCGGGGAGGAUGAGGAAGAGGAGUUGGAACCAGUGUCCAAGUCUCUGCUGCGGAUCAGCAGCCGCCGGAGCUCCAGUCGGUGUCCCGAAACAGCAGAGCAGAACCGCGUGCGGAGCAAACUAAAGCGGCUAAUCGCCAAGAGACCGCCCUUGCAAACCCUGCAGGAGCGGGGUCUGCUCCGAGACCAGGUGUUCGGCUGCCAGUUGGAGUCUCUGUGCCAGCGGGAGGGGGACACCGUGCCCGGCUUUGUGCGGCUCUGCGUCGCUGCUGUGGACAAGCGAGGUCUGGAUGUGGAUGGCAUUUACCGGGUGAGCGGGAACUUGGCAGUGGUCCAGAAGCUUCGCUUCUUGGUGGACAGAGAGCGGGCCAUCACUUCUGAUGGGAGGUACAUGUUUCCGGAACAGCCAGGACAAGAAGGCCGAUUAGAUUUGGACAGUGCCGAAUGGGAUGACAUUCAUGUGAUCACGGGAGCCCUGAAACUUUUUCUUAGGGAGCUACCCCAGCCUCUGGUGCCCUCACUACUGCUGCCUGAUUUUCGUGCUGCCAUUGCCCUCACUGAAUCAGAACAGUGCCUCUCUCAAAUACAAGAAUUAAUAAGCUCAAUGCCAAAGCCCAACCAUGACACUCUGCGGUACCUCCUGGAGCAUUUAUGCAGGGUGAUAGCACACUCAGACAAGAACCGCAUGACCCCCCACAACCUGGGAAUUGUGUUUGGACCAACCCUGUUUCGGCCGGAGCAGGACGCAUCGGACCCAGUGGCCCAUGUCCUCUACCCUGGGCAGGUCGUCCAGCUGAUGCUCACCAACUUCAGCAGACUCUUUCCCUGACUGGGGCGAAGAAGAGAAAAUGUAUUUCCAGUGAUCUCUGUUGGGUAGCCUUUGGUGGGGGCAAGGGUGGGGGGUGUUCUGUUUUGAGGACAUCCCUUUAAAUCCUGUUUCCCAGA